AUACGGCAGCACAGAUGUCACGUAAUACGCAUCAUGCUUGAUCAACACAGAUUAUCUUUGCUAGUGGAACUACAGGUUAUAAAACUGAACUUGGGGCUGAGGGCAAGAGGAUUUCGCAAGGGGCUUUUCUCAGUGAUAAUAUUCCUUUACGACGUUUCACUUUCAUUUUUCGUCCAGAUGACGCAAAAGGUCAGUGUUAACUCCAUGUCAUUUCUUUAGGACAGGCUGCUGUAUAUAAGGAGCCUCUCACUGAGGACAUCAUUGUGUCGAUCCUUGAUGUGAGGUGUUAAAUCAUAAGGAUGAUGAAGAUGCUUCUGGCCCUUUUCCUCCUUACAUCACUGACAGGUGUGUGUCCCCUAACUUCCAAAGAGAUACAUGCAAAGGCAGGUGAGCUUGUGGUGCUUCAGUGCCCUCCUGACGGAGGGUAUAACCGUGGUGAUACCAAACUUGUCUGGACAAGUCACACAACCCAGAAGAUAUAUGUGACCAACAACAUGUCAGCAGCUGAGCUGACUGAGAUGGGUGUGCUGAUUCAUGGAAGGAGCCUUGUCAUCCUCAGUUCAUCUGUGAACCAUCAAGGAAAUUACUCAUGCUCUGUGGGAAAUGCCAGCAGCCAGUUCUGGUUCACGCUGAACACAGUAAAGUCCGAAGAGUAUGAAGAGAUGAACACAUACUCUAAGUCAUGUUACACUCAAGAGUCCUGCAAGUUGAAUUGCCCUGAUGUAAAUAUCCCUCCAAAUAUUACCAGAAACGGCAUCACAUGGCACAAGGAGGGUGAGGCAAAAGACGGUUACUUCCGAACUGUUGAAGAGAAAGACAAGGGUGUCUACACCUGUACUCGAUCUUACCUGUAUCUUGGUCAAAUCUAUAAUAAGACCUUUACAGUGGAACUUCAACUCAAAACAAAGAAAUUUGAGAAAGCUGCAGUCAUCAUUUCACCAAAAAACAACAAAGUGGUUCCCGUAGAUUUGGGCUCAAAGGUGGAGAUUGAAUGUAAAGCUGUUACAUAUUCAGACUUUGACGGCGUGUUCUGGAUUAGUGGGGGAUCAGUAAUGUUCAAAAAUCCCAGUUUACCAGUUUACUACAACACCACACGGGAAAAAAAUGCUGAAGAAAUAAAGCUGACAGCAUCUCUGGUCUUCAAAAAAGUGUCAGAGGAGGAUCUAUCAAAAAAUUAUACCUGUAAACUGGAAUCUGUCUCCAACCCCCCAAGCUUCGUUACUAUCACUUUGGUCCAGAAAACUCGCCAUUUUUACAUUUUCCUGUGUCCCAGCAUUGUGGCCAUUGUGGUGGUAAUGCUUGUGACAGUAAUUAUCUAUGUGAAGUUGAAAAUUGACAUCACUCUUUUCUUACGAGACACUCUUGGCUGCUAUAGACGCACCUCAGAUGGAAAAAGCUACGAUGCCUUUGUGAUGUGUUAUAAGAGCAACACAGAUGCAGGACUAAAUGCUGAUGACAGAAAAUGGCUGGAGAGUGUUUUGGAAGAGAAGUUUGGUUACAGUCUCUGUCAUUAUGAUCGUGACGUUUUACCAGGGAAAGCUACAGCGGAAGCAGUGUUAGACUGCAUAGAACAGAGCCGGACGGUGGUUUUGGUCCCCACCUCUCCAGAUCCUGAUCUAGGGUCUGGCCUGCUGAGUGCCAUCCAUGCAGCUCUUGUGGAGAGGCAGACUCGCUUAAUCUUCAUAAAAACUGAGGCAACACAAGAUUCAACAUCAGGUUCCUUAGCUGAGGCCUUAGAACUUCUUAGCAAGGCUGGAGUCUGCAUCACCUGGAAGGGCUUAAGCUCCAGGUCUUCCUCCUCCUCCUUCUGGAAACAGCUGCGCUAUUACCUACCUGCCAUGAAGCAUACACCGAAAAUAAGGCCUUCACCACAGACAGCUGCCCAGGAUAACUGUUAUGCUUAGCAAAGAAAGUCUGAAUGAAUAGAUCAUAUCAAUGCCUUUACUCUAUGACAUAAGUAUAUAUUCAAGUAAAGUUACUAACUAUUUACAAUGGGGUUCAAUGGGGAAUCCAGAAUAAGAAUCUGAGUCUGAUGUGUUAUUGUCAUUAUAUAGCUAUGUUUUAAAUGGGUAUAGCCUACUUUAAAUUUACCUAUAUUCCCAGGUUUAUAUACUGUUAAAUGCACUUUUGAAAAUUAUGUUGUACCAGUACUGUAUUAUUUUAAACAUUAACAUUAAUUAAUGGUUUUAUUUUAUUAUUUUAUUAUUUAUUCUAAAUAAGUACGUCAAAAAGUAUUUGUACGUGUGAAAGGGUUAGCUCAUUUAGCCUUUUAUAGUAUAUAUUUUUUACUUUACAUUUUGCAAAUUUAAUGUACAUGGCUCACAGACACACGUUCUCUUUAACUCCCCGAGGGCAGGCAAGGCAUUUCCAGCAAAUAAGCUCUGAUAAAUCCACCAAACACUGCAUACUCAUCACCAAAUAGCAACAGUGACGGUUGAAGAAAGCAUAACAUUUGUCAGCCAAGGACCCAGACAUUUUCCCUAAGACUUGGUGAAAACCACAAAUAAGUCAAAAGACCAGUGAAUAUUAGACUUCUGUUCAUAACGUGACAGGAAACACAUUGUUGCUCCAUGUUUCCUGUUACGAUAGGCCAGUGUUUACUCAUCAAAUGUAAUUGAACAUGAUGAUGAGCUUAUGUAAUGUUUUUCCGCCACCUACUGGAAGAAAAAGCAAUACAUGCAGAUUCAGAUGCUUGAAACAGUCCAAACUGUUGUCAAGGAGGGUUUGUGACAGUUAAACAUAUUCGAGCCCCCUCCUCACUUGAUUUAGUUAGGUAAGCUUAUGUCCAGACCCCCACUAUACAUGACAGUUUCAUUAUUUACCCAAACACCUGGAGACCAACCAACAUUCCUCUGCUGAAAUGAUUAGUUGAUUAACGGAUUUACUCAUGUAGCACCCUGCCACCCUUCUAUAUAUCUAACAUUCUGCAAACUGACUUUAAACCAGGCUGACGGGGCCUUUGGGCUUGUUUUGAUAUUAGGGUAACUACCACAAAGGUUUACCUGUCCUGAUGUGAGACUUUCAUCACUAUUUAUAGCCAGAGAUAUGUCACCACUUAACUUAGGUUUAAUUGACUGACCCCAGAACAACACUGUAGAUGAUCAUUUACUGAAUGUCUUGACAAUACAAGGAUAUGACAGAUGUAAUGAAACAUAAACACAAUCUCAAAAAUUAGACCCACUUCUUAAAAAAAGCAAAUAAUAUGAAACCAAAAUUUCCCUCCCACACAUUAUUUAGCAAAUUACCCACAUACACAACUUAAGCUUUUCCCAAAAAUACUGAACAAAAUUUUCAAAAACUAAAUCUUCUAAUCUUAAAUCUUAUUUACGUGACACAAACAGUAUUUAAAACACUUCUACCACUAACCCCCAAUAGCAGACUUAUACUGCUUAACUUCGGUAAUGGACAAGCUAGCCUCCAUGUGAAUAUAGUCUUGUGAUACUAGUGGAAAUAAUGUCAGAUCUCUAUGACUAGCCAACAGUGUUCAUUAACUGGCUCAGUUUUAAUGGUAGAGUGUGGAGAUCAAGGUAUAUUUAUAGCAAAUGAGGGUCCAGUAUGUUUUAACAGUUUGUUUUUUCAGUACAAUUGACACAGAAAACAGAAACAGGUCGAUUUUUCUGUUCUUACUAACAAAAAAAAAUGUAACAAUUGAAGAUUAUAAUUGAAUGAUAAUUUGUUAUGCUCUUACUGAGAGUGCAGACACAGAAUCAUUGCUAAGGACUUACAAGUCAACUGUAAGAAAUCCCUACACUGACCAAUCAAACAAAAACAAAAACAGAAAAAUAAUAAAAAAUAAAGAAUAAUUUCCCUUCUUAUAACUACUUGAGUUACUCUUUCAUUUUAACAACGUAUAAAACCAUUUACACUCUACUUAGUUUAUAACCGAGAUAUCUUAAGCUCUCAGAUAACCAAUUGAUAUAGAAAUGAUAUGGAGUGAACCCUGGAUGUCUGGGGCCCAUGGGCAAUUACUUGCUUUACCUGGUUGGUAAUCCAGCAUUGUAAACCGAAUGUAGCAGAUGACUCCAGAAUUGUGAAGGUGAAAUAUGUUGUUCUGCUAUAGAAAGUAACAACCAGGAAAAGAAGCUGCGAAUGGGCCUACUUGUGCUAACCUACACAUUAGCCCAUUCACAAGGCCUUGCUUUCAGGCUAUGAUUCAAACAUGUGAUCCUUAAGAUUUCAGUCCUUUUUGGCAACACCUGUCACUGCUUUGACAUAAAUACAACAGAAUGUCAACUGGUGCAUCUGUUAUCAGCACAGACUAAACACUUACAUUGUUAAAUACAUAAAAUAGUCAAUCGGUAAUAACUCGAACUGUAGUUGUCCACACAACAGUAGAGCACAGUGAAAAGAGCCUGUUAAUUUAGUUUGAUGUGUACGGCCUGUCUCCUGUAGCUCAGUGUGGCUGCACCCUUGUUUGAUUAAUUAAAAUUAAAAAUGAUCUGCUGACAGAAAAUUCAGAAAAAGAGUUAUCUUAAAUGAACAAUUGCAGCCAGAACUAACUUUUUCACAAUUCAAUCUUCCCCCCAGAUCUGCCGGUUGAACACUUUUAACAUGACACAGCAGCAGUAGGAAAUGUUUGGUUUACAAUAUUAGUGACACCUCUCUGUACUGCAUUACAAAGAGACGCGUUUCUGUAAUAUAUCCUAUUCCUCAAAGAUAUAGCCUAAAUGUUGUGGACAAAAUAAUAGAAACGCCUGUUUAUAUCACACAAUAUAAUUCAACAGCACCACAAGUUGCAUCCUCGAAAAUGACCAUAAAGUUGAAUCAACACCUCUCUGAAACAGUUUCAAUAAAAACUGAACAUUGUCAUAAAGAUAGGUUUAAUGGCAGGACUUAUUAGACUGCAGUAGUUUUAGUUAGAUGCACCUAAUAAACUGACUAUUCAUUGAAUGGCUAUUGCUGAAAAAUGUCGAGCAUAAAUAGUAUCAGGUUUGAUUUCAUGGUAAUCUAAAGCAGGCAUGACCAAAGUCCGGCCCAGGGGCCAAUUGCGGCACUUGCCUCCCAGUUCCCUCUUCCUGGUGUAAACCUGGGUGCAAUCGGCAUUCGGGGACAGAGGGAAGGGAUAAAAGGGGCAGAGAGUGCAGAGACAAUGGGGAGAGACACACACACACACACACACAGCUGUACCUGGGUGAGGGUCCUUUUGUCCUCUCUACCUUUGUUCCUCCACUCACAGUUAGGUGCGGUUUUGUUAUUUUUGUUUAUGUUCUUUCGGGCUGGAGAUUACCGGUAGUCAUGUUAUUCGUCUUUUGUUUUAGGUUAUGUUGGGUUUAGGUAGUUUAGGAGGAAGCGCUGGGAGCGAUGGCCCAAUGCUUGGUUGGCCCAGCGUUUACCUGUCUUUUGUUUAUUUGGCCGGGGUCGGGGUCCCCAGUCCUUUUUGUUUUCGUUGGUUUAGGUUGAUAAACUAUGACUAACUUUGGGGAUAUUUCAAUAAAGCUUGGGUGAAAUGUUAUUCUUGUCUGGUGUCCUUUGCAGCCUCCUGCCCCUGCCCGCUUUAUUCUUAGAGGCCGUAACACACACAUAAGAGAGAUAUUACAGUUCAGACUGGACGGUACAACAGUAAAUACAGCAGCAGACAUAUUGAAUUUACUUUGAGGUUCGAGCUACAGGAACUGUUCAACCUUCAUAGCCCUCCCAUAGACUGCAAUACAAAUUCAGAAGCUGAUAGCAAACAGUAGGUCUCAGGUCUCAGCAGAUGCUACUAACGCAGU